AUCCUACAACAUUGUUCGAAAUCUAGUAGUGUGAGAGUGUGAGGGUGUUUGAUUCGUGCAAUGUACAUUUUUUCAUGUUAUGUUAUGUCGUUAUCUCGUUAUGUAGUUAUUUGUAGUUUGGCAGUUCCUAGUGCUUCAUUUCAUUGGUGUUAUAUGUUGAAUAUUCGUAUUUCGGUAUUAUCUUCAUUUGGAUUAUUUGGAAGGAAUCUGAAUCAAGAGAUCGUAUUCAAGUAACGUUCGGCGGUGCAGUGCUUUUUAAAGUUGUAUCAUAUCACUGACCAGCCCUCAUUACGAAUUUUCAUAACGUGAGAAGGCAACAGCAAAGCAACCGAUAUGGAUUCACAGAGAAAACUACGUCUUCAAAAGGAGAUUCUAUCUGAGUUGGAACUGCGCGGCCUCAAAAACUGGACCGUAGAUGCGAAAUCGCCGGAUAAGACUCUUUCUAGAAUAGAUUUCGAAUUGCCCGCUGCGCUUAGUUCGUUCGAAUAUCCGACCUCUGAAAUUGAGAUGGAAAUCGUUGACAUAGUUAAUGAGAUUAGUUUACCCGAAUAUGAAGCAAGUGAAAUCCUGCAAUCGGUGACUAGCGAUCUGAAUAUGGCUUUCGAAUCCAUCGAUAUACCAUUGGAUGGCGAAUAUGUUGCGAUUGCGAAUGAUUGGCACUUGUACGGCUCCUACAGAAAUGGACUUUGUUGUAACGAUAGCGACAUCGAUUUCCAUAAUGGAUCAUUCGAAAAUCUUACGAAUUCCGACGCCGGAUACCUUGUGAAAACAAUCUGGGAAGUUUUCGAAAAUAAUACCUACUUCGAUCCUAUACGUUAUUUCGAAACGGCGCGAGUUCCACUGGUUGAGUUGAAACACAGACGCACCGGAAAAAUAUGCAGCAUUACAUUUUCCGGCGAAAUGGGCGAGUAUGAUUCGUUGUUGGCGAAACUGUACUUGGAACAGUAUUCGGAUUUGAAAGUUUUGACGUUGUUUCUGAAAUACGUAUUAGUACGCCAUGGCUUGCACGGAACCCGUAAAAUAACCACUCAUACGUUAUUUUGGUUGCUGGUGUUUUUCAUGCAACAGAAAAAGAUGCUACUGCCCGUCAAAGAUGUACGAGAAAAAAACGACGCACAAAAUGGGAAUUAUUCGUUUCCAGAUUGUUAUCCGGAAUGGCGACAGACCGAGUAUUCAUCGGAAGAAUCCAUCGUUUCGUUGUAUCAUGGUUUUUUGGAAUUUUAUAAAAAUUUCAAUUUCUUGAAAUACGUCAUCUCUCCAUAUUUCGGAUAUGCGUUACCUAUCGAUAACUCCGUAACAUUGAGUAAAUUAUUGUUUACUAGAAGUUGCAUGAAUAUCCAGGAUAUGUCCACUCUUACUACGAAUUUAGCCGCGAAUGUAUCGCUGAAAGCUGUGAAUGAGUUCAGAGUCGUCUGUGAACACCUUUUUAAAAACUGCGAAAACGCUUUGUACGAAGGAUAUCCAUUUGAGAUUUCUUCAAAAUCCGAAUUAAAAUCGAUGAAACAUCUAUAUAAGAACAUCAAUCAAACAGCAUCUAUCGACCUGGAUUACGUAUCUUUGGGAGCACGUUUAAAAAAUGAUUUGAAGCAAUAUUCAAUCGAUGCUGUUAGCAACCUGAUGGAAAUGGUUUUGAGAUUUGAGUAUGUCAACGGUGUGAGCUGUAAUAUUAUUUGGGUUAAUCGUAAACAAGGCGAUCCUGUCAGGAAUAGAGUUCCUGUCUUAUACAUCGAAUACCGUACGACGUAUGCUACUUUGAGCAACAAACACAUGUUAUCUAUGUUCGAAGAAAGUUCCUCUUGCUUGAGUGAGAAGUUUGGAGUUUUUUUCUUAUUCGAUAUUCACCAUGAUUUGAAAUGUGUUAAAGUACUGGUCGAAGGAGAUGGCCGAUUCGUCGAUUUUAUGAAGACCCAUGGAAAAAAACUGUUCAUCGAUCAAGUUUGAGAAUAGAUAAUACUUUUUAGAUUUCGUUUGACCGGUGUUUCAAUACUUGAGUAUAAUACUCUUGAUUUUUAUUUUUUUCGUAUUUCGGUUUAGUAUUUUAUUUUUAAACGUGGCUGUUGACUUUUUAGUUUUUCGUAUUUCGGUUUAAGUAUUUUAUUUUCUAAUGCGGUUGUUGACUUUUUACCAGUUUUUUAUAUUUCGGUUUAAGUAUUUUAUUUUCAAACGAGGCUGUUGACUUUUUUUUAUAAGUAGGUAGGUGUAAUGCCUUUUGAAUAAAUAUAAUUUUUCAAAUUAGA